AAACGGGAGCAAUUAGUCGUGUGCAAUUACUUAGUACAAGUAAUUAAGUGGUCCAUUUUGUGCUAUAUAAAGGUGGAUUUGAUAUUCAUUAUGGUUCAAAGACACGUUCUGUCUGUCGUCUUCUUGGCGCUUAUUUCUGCCAACGUGAUACAAGCAGGAGUGAUUAUUCCAUCACUGCAGGGAUUAUUCCAUCAAGAUGCUCUGCCCAAUUUCGUCAAUCUUUUAGACAUACCCAGAAUUGGCCAAUUUUCUCAUGAUCUUGCCUCAUCGGCGGCUAGCGCGGCAGCACGUGUCAGAUCCUACAUGGAUGACUUCGGUACUGGCUUAGGCGGUCUAAAUGUUCUACCCCGUCUGCACGGUCUCUUCAAUGGAGGACUAUUAUCGGGUCUUGGUCAUCCGGCCAUUCUGAACGGAGCCGCGGACACUAUUGCAGACUCGGUUGCAACGAGUCUUGUGCCUAGCGAACAUCUAAGAACAUCAGGUCUCUUUGGAAGAGGUCUCUUAGGAAGAGGUCUCUUGGGAAGAGGUCUCUUGGGAAAAGGUCUUUUGGGCAAUUACGAAGCAGGAGGCUCUAGUGGUGGUGCAGCAUCCGCAGCUGCUAGUUCUGCAACUGGAGCCUAAGCUAAAUAUUUAAACUGAAACAAUCGAAUAUACUGUGCGUCAAUUAAUGUUUAUAUAUAAUGUUGAUAUAUAAUUUU